UUGGCUCGCUCUCUGUAAAUCCUGCGCUCUCUGUUUCCACCCUGUCUUUAUAUCUUCCCUCAGAUCCUCCGGUCACCAUCGAUUUUGCCAUUUUGCACUCCACAGAGGUGCGCCACUUCGCAUCCCCGCCGUUCUUGUUUCGCCCCAAACUAGACCAAACUAGCAUGCCCUGACGAAGUCACUUCCAUUGUACUCUCUGUCUCUCACCCUCCCCUGUUCUUUCCCCUGUUUAUUGCUCGUGUGAAUUCAAAUUCUUCCGUCAACGCCCGCGUCGCAAUUUUUUUUUCGUUGUUGUUAUUUUUGAAGCUUCUUGCACUGUAACCCUGUUCUAAAAGCCUGUUCAUGUCGCUCCAUUUGACCGAUUAGCUGUAGCAUAAGCAAUUCGUCGGCAAACUAUGGCGAUUCUGCAUAUACCCACUAUCCGUUUGGCUUCGCUUUUCUUUUGGUUUGGAUUUGGGGAGGGUAUUUGGCCGAUGCCCAUGUAGAGGAUCCGAUAGCAUUUUGGGGUUGGUGAAUGGGGAUUACGAUGACACGUGGUGAUUGAAAGAGUUUUAAGGGAGUGUUGCAAAAUUGACCGACACCACGACUACGAGCAGCAAGUCCAAGAAGAACCGGCGGCGUCACAGGAAGGCGGUGGCGAUGCCGAACAUGACGUCGCCGGUUCAGCGGCUAUUCAACACGUGCAAGGAGGUGUUCGCCGCCUGCGGGCCUGGUAUCGUGCCUCCGCCGGGGGAUGUCGAGCGUGUCAAGGCUGCUUUAGAUGACAUGAGACCAGAGGAUGUGGGCCUUAACCCUGACACGCCAUACUUUCGCAUAAUGGCAGCGGAAAGGUCGCCAAUAAUAGCACAUCUGUGUCUCCAUGAAUGUGAUAAAUUUUCGAUUGUGAUCUUCUGCUUGCCAGCAUCCAGUGCGAUUCCUCUACAUAACCACCCUGGAAUGACGGUUUUCAGCAAGCUUUUAUUCGGAACGAUGCACAUCAAAUCAUACGAUUGGAUGGUUGAUGGCUCCGGCGGAGCAUCAGCUGUUCUGGGUAAUCCUCAAAUCCAGCCUUGUGGGGUGCGCAUGGCUAAGGUGAAGGUCAAUUCUGAGUUUACCGCUCCGUGCGAAACGUCCAUACUUUAUCCAGCAAACGGAGGCAACAUGCACUGCUUAAACGCGGUGACAGCUUGCGCAGUUCUCGAUGUAUUAGGCCCACCAUACUCCGACCCUGAAGGCCGACAUUGUACCUACUACCGCGAUCUUCCAUUCACCAGCUUCUCAGUUGAUGGAGCAUCAUCAUCAGUGCCUGAAGAGGAGAGAGAGGAUUAUGCAUGGCUUCAAGAGAGGGAGAUGCCAGAGGAUUUUACUGUGGUUGGAUUUCCUUACAGAGGCCCAAUAAUAACAACCAACGAUUAAAUCCUACACCGACCUUGGCUUGGGCAGAUCGUCUGUCACGUUAGACAUCCCUGCUGCUAAUUCUUUGCAGCCAUUCAGCGUUUGUCCUUUUUCAAAUGGUUUCUUUUUCUCGUUCUUUUUGUGGGACACGAGUCAGUAGAGGGCCUUGUUGGGUUUCAUAGUUAGAUGUACAUACUCCAAAGGUAAAAUUAGAGCCAAAAGGGAGUCUUCUGAAAUUUGGAGGAGUAAUUUUGAAUGUUGAAUGCAAAGAAAUGCUAUAAAAGGUUCAGUCUUUUUUCCUCCU